GUGUACGUAUGUUUCGUACCUAGAUAUCUAGCAAAAUCAAAACAUUGAGUCAAUCUUUGAAAAUGGAUGAAAACAGCUUGAUCUACGGACUGGAACUGCAGGCUCGGGCCCUAACACCUCAGUAUGGAGAGAGCAACGAUGUGUGCUUUUUUAUAGCCACCAACUCCUUGAAGCCCACGAACCAGGUGCACUUAAUCCAGUACGAGGAGGAGCAGGGAUCCGUGCAAGCAAAGGUCUUUGAGCAUGCCCUGGGUGAAGUGUGGAAACUGAAUAGUUGCCCUCGUAAUUCUCGCCUGCUGGCCUCCGUCUACAAUGUGCAAAAGGGAGCACAAGUGCUCACCAAAGCGGCUCUGAUUACGCUGCCCGAGGAUCUCAAUUCGGAGCUGAAGUCGGAGUACCUGCCCUGGGAGCAGGUUGAGGUCCUGGACACGGAAGCACUGGGCGAACGUGUUAAGACCAUCGAAUUCCAUCCCAAUCAGGACACCCUCGCCUGCGUGGUGGACAACAAGGUGGCUGUGAUGCAGCGCGCUGAAGCCUCCACUCGCGUGGUGGCCGAGGUGCCGGCUAGCGGAUCCUCCAGUGGAUCUGCAAAGCACACACAGCAUUUCACCACCGGCAAGUGGUCGCACCACCAUCAGGGACACCAGUUUCUCACCCUCCAAGAUGGCAAUCUGAGCGCCUACGAUGUGCGGGAUACACAGCAUUGUGCCUGGAGCAUCAACGAUGCGCACGGACAAAUGGUUCGAGAUCUGGACUGCAAUCCCAACAAGCAGUGCCAUUUGGUAACCGGCGGUGACGAUGGUUACUUAAGGAUUUGGGACUGCCGCAUGGCCAAGGCUCCGGUUUUCGAGCGCUCCGAUCAUUCGCAUUGGGUUUGGUGCGUGCGCUUCAACACAUUCCACGACCAAUUGCUCCUCUCCAGCUCCAGUGACUGCAAGGUGCUGCUCACCUGCGCUGGCUCAGUGAGUUCAGAGACACAGGUUCAGCCAGGACUAGAUGACUCCAACUUCAGUGGUGCAGAAGCCGAGGAGAGGCACAAACUCUUGCCAGAUGGUCUGCUGCAGACGUUUGAUCAGCACGAGGACUCCGUUUACUGUGCCGAGUGGAGCAAUGUGGAUCCGUGGAUCUUUGCUUCCCUCAGCUACGAUGGCCGCGUCAUAAUCUCAAAGGUGCCCAAGCAGUACAAGUACCAGAUUAUAUUUUAAGCCAAUAGUUUCUUAAAUUAUUACACAUAUUUCAUAGUUUAAACUAACUAAACGAAUUGUGUCCUUGUAUGCAGCAGGUUAUAUAAAUAUUAAACCAAUAAGUUAUUAUAUGCAGACAUA